UCACCUAUCAAACUGUCUACGUCAAUGUAAUAUGUACAGAUAAAAAACUAAAUCUUAAAAGAAUAGACAUCACACCGGCAGUUCUUAUCAAUCUUGUUGUUAUUUUUAUAUCUAUCUUCUUAUCAAUGUGAUGUAAUAAACUCGUUAGGAAUAAAUUCACGUUGAAUGUCUCGCGGAACUUUUGUGCGGUUGUAAUCUACUUUAUUUCAUUCGUCCCGCUGAGUGCGACCCGCUUAGAAAAUGGUGAAAGCAGUAGCGGUGAUUACUGUCAGCGACAGCUGUUUCAAAGAUAACUCUAAGGAUACUUCAGGCCCUGCACUCGCAGAAUUCGUCAAAAAACUAUUCCCAGAGGCAAAUUUACACACAAUUAUUAUUCCAGACGAAAAGGAAAUCAUAGAGCGAGAGCUAAAAUACUUCUGUGAGAGCAACUUAGAUUUAAUAUUAACAACAGGCGGUACAGGUUUCAGUAGUAGAGAUGUCACUCCGGAAGCAACCAAAGCUAUAAUCCAUAAAGAAGUUCCAGCUAUAACAGUAGCAAUAACUAUAGAAAGCUUAAAGAAAACACCUAUGGCUAUGCUGUCGAGAUCUGUAGCUGGAAUUCGUGAUAAAACCUUGAUCAUUAAUUUCCCUGGGAGUAAAAAAGCUGUUACAGAAUGUUUUGAAAUAGUAAAGCCAGUGUUACCCCAUGCUGUGGCUUUAAUCGCAGAUGAAAUGUCUGAAGUUAGAACCAUUCAUGAUUCAAUGCAAUUCGGCCAUGUUUGUCCUCAUUACAGUAGUGUAGAUGUUAGCAAAGUGGCUUUGAGGCCUAGAGAGUCUCCAUAUCCAAUGCUGGAAAUGGCUGAGGCUUGGAAGAUAGUUGAUGACGUGAUGGGGAAAUGGACAGAGCGCUUGGAGAUUGUUACUUUAGAUGAAGGAUUAGGGAAGGUUGUGGCGCAGACACUGUGUGCAAAAGAACCAAUGCCACCAUUCCCUGCAUCAGUUAAAGAUGGAUACGCAUGUUUAAGUUCUGACGGAGCAGGAGUGCGUCACGUCCGUGCAGCCAUCACUGCUGGGGAUGCGCCCACCGUACCGCUGUCCAUGGGGGAGUGUGUACGGAUCAACACGGGCGCAGCACUACCAGCGGGAGCGGAUUGCGUCGUGCAGGUUGAGGAUACAAAGUUAGUAUCAGCUACUGAAGAUGGCCAGACUGAACUUCAAGUGGAGAUUCUGAAGGCGCCACAGCCAGAGCAAGACGUAAGGCCGGUCGGCUUCGACAUACCUAUGGGUGCUACACUAGUUGAUAAAGGCGAGACAUUAGACGCUGCUAAAAUAGGUGUGCUAGCAGGUGCCGGUUACCAAAGCAUCACCGUACGAGUUAACCCAAAGGUGGCGCUGCUAUCAACUGGUAAUGAAUUACAAGAACCCUCAGAGACCAAACUUCGGCCAGCGCACAUAAGGGACUCCAAUAGAGCAAUGUUAAAAGCCCUACUACGAGAGCACGGCUACGAGAGCAUAGACUGCGGCAUAGCACGUGACUCGCCCACGCAGCUUGUGGCGAGCAUAUCGGCUGCGCUCGCGCAGGCCGACGUGCUCGUCUGCACCGGCGGCGUCUCUAUGGGCGAGAAGGAUCUGCUGAAGCCUGUACUUAUAAAUGAUUUUGGCGCUAAAUUACACUUCGGACGAGUGCGUAUGAAGCCCGGAAAACCCAGCACAUUUGCAACAUGCGAGUUUGAAGGAAGAACCAAAUUCAUUUUUGCUUUACCAGGUAACCCGGUGUCAGCGUACGUGUGCUGCCUGUUGUUCGUGGUGCGUGCGCUGCGCGUGUGCACGGGCCGGCGCGGCGCCUGGCCCGCACUGCGCACGCGCCUCGCGCACGCCGUCACGCUCGACCCGCGCCCCGAGUACGCACGCGCAGAGAUACGACUGCCCGGGAACGAUGAAUUACCUACGGCUCAACUACUGGGUAACCAGUGCAGCAGCCGGUUGAUGAGCGCAUGUGGUGCGAGCGUCCUGCUAGAGCUGCCCGGCGCCACGGAGAGCGUGCCGCGCCUGCCCGCCGGUUCACUCGUGUCCGCGCUCAUCACUGGCCGCCUUGAUCUCAGCGCGCAGUAACUGACUGUAAGGGGGGGUUUGCCAACACUCUUGCCCAUCCACACUUCAGAAGUGAGGAUUUGAGAAUAGGCGAGUGAGGGUAGCUUAGCCUCAUGAGUCUCUUAUGGUAGGAUAUAGAGGAAGAUAGGAAAUAAAAUUGCAUACACAUGAUGUGUUCAUUGAUGAGUCAGGACGCACUAUCAUGCUUAAUGGGGCUUGUCAUUGCAUGUAAAUGGCAUUAUAAAUAAGGUUUUAUUUCAAUUAUGUAGAAAAAACUGUAGCUACUUGUGCCUCUGUUAUGUCAAAAAUCUAAGGAUUAUUUUUUCAUAGCAUUAAAAAGAAAAGGAGAAAUAUCUUUUUUCAUAGAUUUUUUUAUUCUCCAUUAAACGAAGACACAAGUAGUUCUAGGAAAUUAACCAAAUCGAUUUGGAUCGAUCGUAUUAUAUAAACAAUGGAACUGUAUCCAUAUAUAGAUUUAUAUUAUAAACCAUAUAAUAUCUGUCAAUUAAAUGAAUCCAGAAAUUAAGCCUUAUGUAUAAAUAAAAUAGUCCAAUCGUUUGGUAUAUAAAUUAUAAAUAUGAUUGUUUUAUAAACAAACUGAUCUGUACUACAAUCUGAUUAGAAUCUCUUGGGUGUAAAAACAUUGAAAUUUUGCCUCAUGUUAUAAUUUAUUUUCAAUACUUGUUAAGUCUGAAUACAAUCUUAUUAUUGGAACAAUGGUUACACUGUGUGAGCAAGUCUCCAGUCUUCCAAUACAUUAUAAUUGUAUUGUUUAUUUUUAUUGUUAAAGGUGAUGGUUUAUUUGAAUAAAAACCAGUUGUUAUAUUUG